UGUAAACGGCGAGUUCCAGAUCGAAUUCUGUUUUCUGUUAUUUGUGCGUGCGCGAACGGAAUCGUUAUCCUAAGCAAGUGGAAAGUGAAGCUUUCAAGUUAAAGCCGGAUAAAGAAGGAUAAUCAUGCGAUUGGUUUGCUUAUUGCUGCUGCUCCUGCAGCUGCUUUCGAUAAGCAGCGCCCAACUCUGUGAGAAGAACGAUGAGCCAACAGUUGGUGGACCUGCAAUUGUAGAAAUGGGCACCGCUCCCGACACAAAUCCAAGCAAUGCUGACGACAGCAGCACCACAGGAUCACAGUCACCACAAGUGGGGGAUGCUCAACGCCAGGAUUCGAUUCUGGGCCAGAUGCCGCCUAUAUUUCCCAUGCGCUCUGGUAUGCCCUAUUUGGACACCUUCUCCUUGCUCUUUCCCGCACUGGGCAGACUCUUGCAAUGGGGAAGCCUCUUUCCUGCUCCACAUCUGCUUGGAGCUGUCUCGCCUGAUAGCAUUGGCGCAGCUUCCAAGGUUGUCCUGGUAUUGGCUGAUGAUGCGAAUGCGCACAAAGCACGCGUAGCGCGUCAGGAUUCAGUUGGACAAACAGCAGGACAGGCAGCAGCUGGAGACGCACUAUUAUCUCAAGCCAAUCUGUUGCAGCAGCUCUUAGGCCAGUCACCAUCGGCUCUGACACAAACGCUCUCGCAACUCAAUCCGCAAAUUGGACAGUUACUUGGCCAGUUAAAUGGACAGGCUCUCGGCCAGUUACCGGCACCAUUAGCACAGGUUCUUCAACAAGGAGGACCACUGGGACAGGCUCUGAGUCAGGGAGGACCUUUGUCACAGGCUCUAAGCCAGGGAGGACCUCUUUCACAGGCUCUUAGUCAAGCAGGUCUAUCCCAGGCGUUAGGCCAGGCUGCACCUCUGUCGCAACCACCACUAGUCAGUCAAUCAGACGCUCCUGUCGCUCAAAGCGAGGCUCAGGCGGCACCACUAUCUCAAAGCGUAGCACAAGCCGCACCUCUGUCGCAGGCGGUCAGUCAGAGUCUUGAGCAGGCGCUCGGCCAAUCACCAGUCGGACAAGUUUUCGGUCAGACGCUCGGCCAAACGAAUUUGGGACAAGCACUCGGACAGUUCAGUGUGGGACAAGCUCUCCCAAGUGUAGCGCAAAUUGCUCAAUCUCUCUUACCCCCUCUGCCUGGGCUAGAACAUUUGCUGGGCGCGCCCCCACCAACUGGCGACGCACCAUCUGUCGGAGCUGCUGCUGACACUGCCACAUCUGCCGGCGACGACGCAACUCUGGGAGCACCACCUCCACCACCACCCGAUGCAUUCGGUGGCUUCUUUAAUCAACGCUUUGAUGGCGGCAGCAAUCUGCUUGGCAUGCCGGCACCCUCAGGAGCCUUGAUGAACACCUUCAGUCAAUUUUGGCCCGGACCUACGCCAGUCCCAGGAUCUGAUGGCCAGGCCUCCACUCUAGAUGAGGUUCGUGUCAGGCCCGAUGGCAGCAGCGCAGCAUACAGGAAUUCCCAUAUAGGCAAUACGCAAGCAGAAGAGUCCAAAACUAACUCUGAGGAAGAUACGAAACGUGUGCCAUUGCUGUGGUUCCGUUUGCCCACCGACGCCGCCAGACAGUCAACAAAUGGGGCAGACAUCACAGCCAAGAAUAAGAAUCUCGAGGACUUGAAAAUCGAGGCCAAAUUACAGGCCUUUGAGCGCCAAGUUAUAUCCGAAUUGAAGCUGUUGCAGGAAAUCGAACGUGUGGCGAAGGAAAUGCGUGCCAAUGCCCAAGGAGCCCAGACUAAUGCUGCCCCUCCCUAUAAACUUAGCUAUCCCCUCAGCAAGACGCCUAUCCACAAGAUUACGAGAGCGGACAUUGAGCGGGCCUUGCGUGACGAUUACGUGCGUCGUUUGCUCCACAAGGAGGUGCAGCGCAAGUCACUUGGUGGAUACUCAAAAUAUGUGCAGCAAGUCGCCGCCAAUGGCAAUGCGGCUCAGAAACGACAAGCCAUGCCAAUGGAGCAACAUCUAUCCAAGGACGAUAUCGUCCAAAUGAUGGCCUACGCCUAUCGCAUGGCCAAUGAACAGAUGGUCGCUGACAAAAAAACCAAGGAGGAUAAAAUCUAUGCAGCCUACAGAUCUGGUCAGACCAUGAACACUCCAGAGACUGUGGGACAAAUGAGUCCGGAAAUGAUAAUGCAGCAACGCCAGUGGGCGGACGCACAGCAGCAGCAACAACAACAGAUUCAACAAAAUCCUAUGAUGUUGCAGCAACGCCAGUGGGCGGAUGAGCAGGCAGCAAAGGCACAAAAAUUCCAACAGAAUCCAAUGGCAAUGCAGCAACGUCAAUGGGCAGAGGAGCAGGCAGCAAAGGCCCAACAGCAGCAGCAACAACAACAGAUACAACAAAAUCCAAUGAUAAUGCAACAACGCCAAUGGCCGGGGGAACAGGCAACGAAAGAACAGCAGCAGCAACAACAGCAGAUGCAACAGAAUCCAAUGGCGAUGCAGCAACGGCAAUGGGCGGAGGAGCAGGCUGCAAACGCACAAAAGCAACAGCAACAACAGCAGAUUGAACAGAAUCCAAUGGCGAUGCAGCAACGGCAAUGGGCGGAGGAGCAGGCUGCAAACGCACAAAAGCAACAGCAACAACAGCAGAUUCAACAGAAUCCAAUGGCGAUGCAGCAACGUCAGUGGGCGGAGGAGCAGGCUGCAAACGCACAACAGCAACAGCAACAACAACAGAUUCAACAGAAUCCAAUGAUAUCGCAACAACGCCAAUGGAUAGGGGAGCAGGCAACAAAAGAACAGCAGCAGCAACGCCAAUGGUCAGAUCAGCAACCAUCUAAGACACAACAGGAUUUACAAGAGAAUCCCAUGUUAAUGCAGCAACGUCAAUGGGCAGAGGGGCAGGCGGUUAAAGCUCUGCACAAGCAACGCCAACAAAUGCAACAAAAGAUGAACCAGCAGCAACGACAAUGGACCGAGCAACAGCAACAGCAACAACCAUCCAUGGAGCAGGUUGGCGCCCAACAGGCUAAGGCUGCUGAGCAGGACAUGGCUAUGGAUGCCGAGCGACAGUGGGCCGAUGAAAAGAUGCGUGCCAUGCAACAGCAACAACAACAACAGGCCCCAGAACCUAUGGUGGGCGAGGCGGAACCCCAAAUGCCGGAGAAUGCAGGCCAAGCACGCCACAAAGUUGACUUUUUGGGACUUGGUGGUGAUAAGCGCAAGAAGUCCAAGGGCCAUGAAAGUGGACCUACUAUCAUCAACUAUUAUCAAAAUCCAUCACCAGCAUCCUAUGGUGGUGGACCAUCCUAUGGUGGUGGACAGUCUUAUGGUGGUGGACAAUCUUAUGGCGGUGGACAAUCCUAUGGCGGUGGCUACUCCUCUGGUCCAUCCUAUGGCGCAGCUCCUUCCUCUGGUCCGUCCUAUGGUGGUGGCCAAUCCUAUGGCGGACGCCCCUCCUACGGCACUAGCUAUGGUGGUGGUGGUUCUGGAUCCAACGCUUAUGGCGGCGGUGGUUAUCGCGCAGCUGUUGGCAACGACGAGAUAGAUGAUAUGCUGCGUGAUCACAAAACCAUAGCGACAAUAAAACCAACAGAAACAGAAGCACUAAAUGGCACCACAAAUCCGAUGACGACCACAGUAACGAUGAAGAAGACGACUACAACAAAAGAAGCAACUGCUGAGCACACAAUACAGAAAAGUCCAUCAUCAGCAUCCCCACUACCACAACCAUCUACACAUCCAGCAACUACAUCAAACGCCGCCAUUAUCAUUAAUCCCAGCUCCACCGACGAAAAUGCAACGCUCGGCUCACUUUUUAGUCUAAGCGACGACCUGCUUGAACCUUACAUGGGCUUGCUGCCGGUAGCACGCGACGAUGAUCCCUGGACUCGCAAACCGUACGACCUGCAUCGACCCAUCUACACUGGAGGCGGUAGUUACGAGGCUUACUUGCGGGAUGGACGCUCGCGUCGUGAUACGCACAUUAUGCCUCGAACCAACCUCCUCACUCCUGGUAUGUUGGAGCGCCUGCUGCGCAUCAAAGUAGAGUUCCAGCGACGAUUCCCCCAUCUCUACAAGGGCCUAAUGGAACACCAUACAAAUCAGACCCGUGUCGUGGUCAAGCCGCCACUGCUUGUACGAAAUGAAAAGAAAAAGCCCACUGUCACAGAAGUCGCUGCCACAGUUUAUGAAUUGGGCGCAGCCGAACGCAAUCCUUUUGAGGAGGCAGCCGCCGAGGAGGAACCAUUGGUGGAGCCUGAAACUGUCGAACAAGAUCUAGCCAAUAUUAAGAAAAAGGAGCGAAGGCGUACUGACAUUGAUAAAGAUGAUGAUGGCGCUGUUGACGUUGAUUAUUUUAAAUUCGACGAUGAUGAAGAUGAACAUAUCGCUGAUGACUAGAUUUUCGCUCUUUAAAAUAAAGGGAAAUCUUUUAGAAAUGUA